GAGAGAGAGAGAAAGGGAGUGAGAGAGGAUGAGAGAAACAAUGAGACAGAGAAAUAAAUAUUACACACUGCAUCUUUCGUACACAGUGAUACAUUAUACUCUAUAAUAUGCAUAAUACGUAGAAUAGACGUGUCUUAUACUAGUAUAAUUUUGCUUAUUUCUUCUUCAAUCGCUCGAAAAGAACGUAGAUGCAAAAGCAUAAGUGUAUCUUGUGCUCACUUAUCUUUGUUUCCAUUUGCAAGUAUAGUUGGAUCAGAUACAGCCAGGUCAGACGCAAGAGAUUUGUUCGCGUUGUUUGCACUUUUACUACUUUCAUUCUUAGCGUGCACAAAUUCUCUUGAAUUAUCGAAAAUAAUGUUACAAGUGCAUACACUCGUACCACUCAUAUGUACAUAUAUAUACUCGUAAUACGAACAGCGGCUAUGACAUAAUUUCCAAUAAUUCAAACGAAUUAGUGCAACAUACCAAGUGCAAAAAUGUUAAAAGCGUAAACAACGUGAACAAAUUUCUUGUGUUUUCGCUUUGAAAUUUACUUUUUUCCUAGGCGACUUUAUGUUUACUUUUAUAAUGCUAAUGAGAAAGUCUUGUAGAUCCACAAUAUGCAUACAGGAACACAUACAUACACACACAGUGCAGUGUCCUCUCUUAAUUUGAACAUUGCGUAUAGAUAACGCGUAUAAAUGCACUGUUCAAGAUUCGUCAAGUUUCACCAAAGAUUCCGUAGCUAUAUAUAAAUCGAUUUAGCGUUUGUUUUCGUAUACGAUUGGCAUUACAAGAUGAAAAUGUAUCAUACCUUUCUCUCAUUCGUUCGUGCCAAGAAGGGUGUAGCCUUUGCGACACCAUGGCGAGCAUGUUAAGCAGUGGGGUGGAUGAUAGGAAUUUACUGAAAGUCCAAGAUCAAAGGCAUUCAAAACGCUGGAGAAAGACGGCGGAGCUUCGGAGGAGGGGGAGAUGUCAGCUGGCACCCAGGGCGAGAUUCGGGUUGGCCCUUCCCAUCAGGAGUUGGUUUCUUGUCAGGCCCGUUUGCCUGAGUAUCGGCCGGGUAUACCACCCGGCGAGCUGCUACCCGAUCCAGAAUUCUCCAAGGAGCGCGAGGAGCUAAGAUGGGUCCCGGCCAUGGCAUUGGACGGGGAUCUUCUCAUGUACCUGAGGGCGGCUCGGUCUAUGGCCGCUUUCGCCGGUAUGUGUGACGGCGGGUCCCCGGACGAUGGUUGCGUGGCGGCGUCUCGAGACGACACUACCAUCAAUGCUUUGGACAUCCUUCACGACUCUGGCUAUGAUCCCGGUAGGGCGCUUCAGGCUCUCGUUAAAUGUCCAGUACCCAAAGGCAUCGACAAGAAAUGGUCCGAGGAAGAGACUAAGCGAUUCGUCAAGGGUUUACGGCAAUUUGGGAAGAACUUUUCACGCAUUAGGAAGGAUCUUUUGCCUCACAAAGAUACGCCGGAAUUGGUCGAGUUCUACUACUUGUGGAAAAAGACGCCUGGUGCCAAUAAUAAUAGGCCGCACCGUCGUCGCCGGCAGAGCUCACUGCGGAGGAUCCGUAAUACGCGGAACUCCCGCGCCGGCACUCCAAAAGAGGAAGUGCCGACGCCUACAAAGGAUACAACGCCAACGGCAAACGUCAACACGAAGGAGCCUGCGUCCGAGGCCGAGAGCGUGCCGGUCGGCACGCCGGCCAGUCACAAUCCCGGUGGUGAGAUCAGUUCCGUAACGGAGGACGAUAACUCCGAAGAGGACAGCGACUCGCGUGAUACUAAUACAAACGGCACUGCUCACUCGUGUCAGCACUGCUUCUCUACCAACUCGAAAGACUAUCAGGUGGCCGGCAAGGAUCGUCUCCUUCUUUGUACGGAAUGUCGUGCGCAUCUGAAGAAGACCGGCGAACUGCCGCCUGCGCCGCCUUAUCUAUUCCGCCCUGUUCCGGCGGAGUCACCGGAGAGUCCCGGUAGAAUGCGAACGCGCAACAAGGCCAAGGAAACGCCGAGACCAGCGAGACCGCGACGCACCGGUGGUACUGAUACGCCCGACCAAGAGAAGCAGCAGCAGCAGUCACCUGACAAGAAUAAGAAGAAAUCAUCCAGCAAAGUGGAGACACCCAAGAAAGGUACGCAGAAGCGCUCACAACCGGACGACGUCGACGACGACAAAGACGCACAGAAGCGAAAGCGCGGCGGCGGCGAUCGCGCCGAGAGCCCGUCCGAGUCGCUCACGACAGACAGUAAUUCCCUGAUGGAUGAACCGGAGAGGGAAACGGAGGCUGACACGAACGAGAAUCAACCGACUACACCGACGGUCACUGGCGUGACCGCUGAAGAGCCCGUAAGUCCAGCUGUUACGACUCCCGAGGAACCGUCCGAGCCGACACCAGUGUCCACUCCCGUGCCAGCCCCUAUUCAGAGUCUACCGAUCUCUGUGCCGGUGAUACACAGCUUGGAAAAGAAACCACCAUUGCUUGAACCGGAACCAUUGGUGGAUCAAAGCAAGGUGAUAGAUCGUCAAAUGGAGGACUCCGUGCCGCCGUUAGCUAUGAAUCAGCCACUCAAGUUGGAACCGUUGGUCCCGAUGGAGUCAGUGGUAUCACCGCCGACGUCCAACGACGACAUUAAAGAGCCUGAACAAGGACAGUUGAACCUCAGUGUGUCACAGCCGUUAGUGGCUCCCGUACAAUCGACGAGUGAGGCCGCAGUGCGCAAUCUGUCGCAAACUCUGCCACCUGGCACCGGUAUUCCGGGUGGUGCGCAAUCUAUACCGGUGAGUUCGCAGGGUAUCCCUGUGAUAUCGCCCGGUCAACAACAGAACGUUGCUGCUGGACUACCGGCAAGUCUCAGUAUGCAGUACGCAGCGAGCAAUGUGCAACCGCAGCCGCCACCGCCACCACCUCCUGUGCAGAACGUGCCGCAGAAUCUGUCGCAGAGUAUGACACAGUUGGCGCCUAGUGUACCUCCCAGCAUGGCGCCAAAUGCACCGCAAAACAUGGGACCAAAUCUUCGCACCCACGCUGACAACUUGUCUAGCGGUGCGCAAGCCUUGCCGCCGCAAAGUAUGUCGGGGCCACCGUUGAACCUCAACAUUUCGCAGAGUCAAAUACCGACUGGUAUGGGACCGAUUGGUCAGAUACCUCAGAUCCCACCGCCGAUGCCAAGUUCGCCGCAACCGCUCGGCUUGACCGUUAUGUCGUCUGAAGGCAGAGGUGCCGAAAGAAUGACAGCCGCAGAUGACAGGUUGUCAAGUGAACGAGCACGCGACGGCCGUAUCCCCGAACGAAUAACGUCAGAUAGACACACGGAACGUACGGAAAGUAACGAACCUGAACGCUUGAAUGAGCCGACUAACUUAUUCCAAUCCCUGCAGCCUGGUGGUAUGCUAUCGAUGGACAAGCCUGCGGGUAUCUACAAUUUAGCCGGCACACCACCAAUGGAGCCACAGAACCUGAAGAUCAAGCAAGAGAUCAUACCACCCGAGCCAGAUCCUCUGCAAAGUCUGAAGGAAGUCAAAGUGCCGGGCUUCCAAAGUUCCACGUUUCCGGGCCCGAGUCUAGACAAUAUUAAGAAAGAUCCGGACGGUGCAAGCAAACCGCCGACGCCGAGCAAACAUUCGGUUCAGAACUCUGCUCCAGCAUUGGUGCCGCAGCUUCAACCGGUCGCUGCUUCGCCGACGCCAACGCCAACGCCGACACCCAGCUUGCCACCGCCACCCAGUUCGAUACCUCAACCAGUGAUGCAUCCAGCGCAACAACCGAGCCCGCAUAUGGCUCAUCCAUUCCAUCCGCAUCUCGUGCACCAUACAUUGUUCGGAAUGCAUGCGUAUCAUCCACACGCUUACCCUGGUUAUGGUGCGGUAGCAGGAUAUCCAUCUUUCCCGCCGUAUGCUUAUGGUCCGGUUCCACAUGCUAUACCCCCGCCUUCUCCGCAGAGGAGUCAAGAAAGCAGUACCAUGAUGACUGCUCAUCACGCCAGCACCAGCUCUAGUGUCACAACUAGAGAAGAGGGCGAGAAUCUAAUCGCCUCUCAUCACCACUCGUCCAGUAUGCACCAGGCAACUACUCUGCAUCACGACAAACUGCUCACUAUCUCUUCUCACAGUUCUCACAGUCAUUCUUCCUCGCAUGGGUCGAGUCAGCGUAAACCUUCGAUGGUUUCGGCGACAUGCUUAACGUCCACCAGUUCAGCACACCAUCAUCAUCGUCCACCGCAACCACAACAACCUCCGAUCGUCCAAGAACCGAAGAUCGAGCAAGACAUGGAACCGGAGCCGGAAGAGUCAGUUAGCCCGCGUGGACCGUCGCCUGAACCGCGUAUCGAGGACUCCGAGUGUCAUCGUUCGCAGUCUGCUAUUUUCUUGCGGCACUGGAAUCGUGGUGAGAACAAUUCGUGUACACGUACCGAUCUGGUGUUUAAGCCUGUGCCGGAGUCGAAAUUAGCGAGAAAACGCGAAGAACGCACAAGGAAACAAGCAGAACGCGAACGAGAGGAACGUGAUCGCGCUGCUGCAGCUGCUCAACAAGCCAGAAAAAUGACCACACCGGAGAAGCAGCCGGAGAUUUGUAAACCGCCAAGUCGUGGACCUCUCGAACCUGUCGUCUCGCCAUAUGACAGGUACGCAGCGCGUCCUGGCUCGUACGCGGAUACACCUGCUCUGAGACAAUUGUCCGAGUACGCAAGGCCGCACGCUGCAUUCUCGCCUGCCAGACAUCCGGCUCCUCCUGACCCAAUGUUGCAUUAUCUGUACGGACGCGAGGCCGCUGCUGCACAGCGCUUGGAGUUGGAACACUUGGAGCGAGAGAAACGUGAGCGGGAGAUACGCGAAUUGCGUGAGCGGGAGUUGAACGACCGUCUGAAGGAGGAAUUGCUGAAGGGUACGCCUAGACCGAUGCCGGCACCGGUUGAUCCACAUUGGUUGGAGAUACACCGACGUUAUGCUGCUGGUUUGGCAGGACCUUCCGGCCCGCCUCAAGCCUUACACCAAUUUGGUCUCUAUGGUGCACCGCCGGGUCCCAGUCAGCUGGAACGGGAACGUCUGGAACGGAUAGGAAUACCGACUGCAGCCGGUGGGGGGCCAGCGGCUGGAGGGGCUGGCCAUCCCGUGGCGGCACACCACCAUGGUCAGCUCGAAGAGCGACUGGCUCUGGCCGCUGACCCGAUGGUCAGGUUACAGAUGGCUGGCAUCUCUCCCGAGUAUCACGCUCACACUCACGCGCAUACGCAUGCGCAUACGCACUUGCACUUACAUCCGGGACAGCAACAGGCCCAGCAACAGGCUCAGCAACAGCAGGAAGCCGCUGCGGCUGCGGCUGGAUUUCCUCUGCCUGCUGCGGCCAGCGCCAAUUAUCCUCGGCCCGGCCUGAUGCCGCGCGAUCCUGCCCUUGCGCUGCAUCCAGCGGAGCUACUGGGAAGACCAUAUGCGGACAUGGCUGCUCAUCAUGAACAAUUGCAACGGCACCUUAUGAUGGAGCGUGACCGUUUCCAACCGCACCCAUCCAUCGUUGCCCACGAGGAGUAUAUAAGACAACAGCGCGAGCGCGAGCUCAAAAUUCGCGUACUGGAUGAAGCAGCACGUGGAUCGCGUCCCUAAACUUGCGCACAUGUUUUUUAUUUAUAUAAAUAUAUAUACAUAUACAUAUAUAUAUAUAUAUAUAUAUAUAUAUAUAUAUAUGUAUAUAUAUAUAUGUAUAUAUAUAUAUAGUCUUGAUAUCGUUAGGCACGUCGGUAAAAACGCGAAGGGCGUGUUACAUGAUUCUAUAUGUAUAUACGCGAUCUGAGCGUUCUCCCGACGUUACAGAGUAAUUUAUACAUAUAUAUAUAGCCUCUGUAAUUUUAACAUCUAAGGUCAGAAAAUAUUUUUAUGGUCUUUCAGACAUAAUUAAGAGAGAGAGAGAGAGAGAGAGAGAGAGAGAGAGAGAGAGAGAGAGAGAGAGAGAGAGAGA